ACUAAAAAUUGAAAAAUGGGCGAAUCAGCUGAGAAGAAAAAGGCGGGAGUACUGAUGGUUAACGGCACCGAUCAGCGGGAACGGAGUGGAGUCCGCCGGAGGUUGGUACAGUCAACUUUGUUUCCGCACAUAUCUCUAAAAAUUGAAACGAAGUUUCACGAGAAGGCUAAUGAAUGUGAUGACGAAAAUAAUGACGUUGAAGAUGAAGAGUUCUGUGGUAAUCAAGGCAAGAAGAAGGGAAGAAAACGGAAAGGGAAAGUAUGUCCUCAGAAUCGAGCUUCUAAAAAGGGAAAGGAGAAAUCGCCCAUGAAAACUACUCCAAAGAAGAACGGGAUGAAUAAUUUGAUGGAGAGUGACGAUGCAUCACCGUCGCCAAUCCCUAAUUUGAGACUGGAGGCGAAGUUCAUAGCUGAGGAAAAUUCCCAGAUGUCUGCAGGGAAGAAAAUUCAUCCAUUUUUCACAAUGCAAGAAGUGGGGAAGAGGAUCCAGGAGACUGCCGAAGCAGGGAGCAGUAAUUGUUUGCUUAACAGAAGCAACAAACGCAUUGAUAUUGGUCCUAUUCAUGUAUUUGAAAGAAGUCAGGAUGAUGUAGUUCUUGCUUGGAAAGAUUGGAUGUUUUUGGAGAACAUCUCCACUGACACCAGUUGCAACUUUGAAGGCCUAUUCACAUCAGUUUUUGAAAGUUGCAUUGGGGCAUUAUCUUUUGACAACUUUCCUGUUGUUUCACAUUCCUUUAAUCCAUCACUUGUUCAAAACAAGUUGAAAGAUCAAUUUGUUAUUCAAAAUAAUGACUUUCUUGGAACAUCAGUGGAAAUACCUGCUGUGCUAGUAGAUGAGCUGUUAGAAAACUGUCAGCUCCCAAAGAGAUCAGAAGGGUGCCCUGACUGCCAAGUAGAUAGAGUUGCUGUCCUUUCUAAGCAGGCUGAUAAUGUGGAAAAUUCUGGUCUUGAACAGCGAAGUAGACUUCUUCAAGAAAGAUUUGUUCCAUGCUAUCAUGGUUGCAGUAUCCAGCCUGAUAAUAGCUUAUGGACUGAUAAGUACCAGCCAAAAAGUGACACGGAGGUGUGUGGUAAUACUGAAUCAGUUAAGUUUAUGAGUGAAUGGUUGAGGCUUUGGCGUAAGAGAAGUUUUCAAACCAUCAAAUCCUCCAAUAACAUUGAUACAGUCAAAAUGCUUGAAGAUGAUGAUUAUUGCGAAAGUGAUUUUGAUUCAGGAAACAUAGAUGAAGAGAAUAGUCUGAAGAAUGUUCUCUUGGUUACAGGACCAAUUGGGAGUGGGAAGUCUGCAGCUAUCCAAGCUUGUGCAAAGGAACAAGGAUUUAAGGUUCUAGAGUCCAAUGCAUCAGACUGUAGAAAUGGAGCUGUCGUGAAGCAAAAAUUCGGUGAGGCAUUAGAAUCAUGCUGCCUUACAGGGUCAGUAGAAAGCCAAGUAGAUUCACUUAGCAAGCAUGUUAAGAAAUCUGCAGAAAUUUUAUCCAAUGGUGAUGCAGUGCAAGAAGUUGAAAAUGCAGUGAUAGAAUUGAUACCAGCAUCAGAUAAGGAUGGUGCAUCUGUUGCCCUUGGAGUUCCUGAAAAACAUGUCUUUAACGAAAGUGAGACUGGCUUCGGUCAAGCAAAGUUGAUUCUCUUUGAGGAUGUCGAUAUCAAUUUCCCUGAAGAUCGUGGUUUUGUUGCUGCCAUACAGCAUAUUGCUGAAAAAGCAAAAGGGCCUGUGAUACUGACUAGUAAUAGUAAAAAUCUUAUUCUGCCAGACAACUUGGGCAGGCUAGAGUUAUGUUUCACAAUGCCAUCACCAGAAGAGCUGCUUCACCAUCUUUAUAUGGUUUGUGAAGCAGAGAAAGCCUCCAUUCAAUCACAUUUACUAAAGCAAUUGAUUAAAUGUUGUCAGAAUGAUAUCCGGAAAUCUAUUAUGAACCUCCAGUUUUGGUGUCAAGGGAAAAAACAUCAAAAAGAUAGGAAAUUGCAGAAGACUUAUGGCUUGCAGCCGUUUGAUAUAGAGGCUUGUCAUUCAGUACUACCAACUAUGAUCCCUUGGGAUUUACCAUCUCAGUUAUCGGAGUUCAUUGAGAAGGAAAUUACUAAGACUGUAUCCAUAAUUGAAGAUGAAUCUACUUUAAUGGAGGUGAUAGAGGAAGAACUUGAAAGCGACAUGUCAAAUGGCUUGGAGAUGCUCGAUAAAGAGAUAGACAGCAUAAACCCUUUUUGUGCAGUACACGAUUUUUACAAUUCUUCAGGCACCCCAAUUUCUUUCGCUCGAAGAGUUCCUAAGCAUAAACCUAAUGUUGUCAUGUCUUCGGACUCUGAAGAUGAGCAAUUUAAUAUACAACCUUCUUUAGUUCCAGAAAAGAAUGUCAGCUGUGAAUUAUUUGUUAAAGAAGAUUUGGGACUCCUCUCACCUCAUCCAAACAUUCAGAAUAGCACAAGUCCAUCAAGAGAUAAGCUACUUUGUUCUGAAACAGAGAAAUGUGAGGAAAGUGGCUUCCACUUCUCAGAAACAUCAAAUGAUUUAGAAAUGGGAGCUUGCAAAUCUAUGGAUGUAUCAUAUGUUCCUGAGUCAUCCUUUGUUCCUGAGACUGAAAUCAGUAAUGGGAUGGAGCUUUCUUCUAGAACUGUGUCUUACGCUAAUUUUUCUGAAGCAACAGAAGUUUCAGUGAGUUGUGAGUUAUCUGAGGACCUGAUGCCAGUUGAAGUGAAUGACUCUUGUAAAUUUAUACAGAAAUCAGGUAAAAGUUCUGACGGUACAUUCAGUAUUACUGCUGAAGCUUCUCAUGAAGAGGUGGAGAAUUCUCAAAAUGAUUAUGAUGACGCUCCAUCAAAUGGACAUGCAGUGAUGGAUGAAUGCAGCCGCAUGAAUUUCACCAAAAAGUCCUUUUCCAUGGGUAAAUUGAGGAACCUUGUGACCGCUGAUUCUGUGCAAGAGUCAUGGAAAAAACUUCGUGACAGUCAUGCUGAUAUGAAAAAGUAUGUUGAAUUGGAGCCAAGAGAUACUAAUGAAAUUUUGAAACUUACAUCUAGAAUGAGUGACCUUAUUUCACAAGCUGACAUACUGCUUUCCAAGUGCCAAAUACAAGAUACUUUUCAGCUGGGAACGAUCCCUUCCGAGGACUCAAAUGCAUUUAGCUGGUGUGAUGAGCAGCUGCAGAUGGUUGACACUGUUUCUCAACAUGGAUUUUGCUUGUAUGCUAAAAAUAUUGAUAGUAUAGGAUCAAACAUAGGUUUUGAGCAUAGGGUGGAUUUGAGCCAGGAGAUACUGGCUUCCUCAGCUAGUGCAAUGGCGUUUGGUAGAUUGCGUGGACAUGAUGCUAGAGCAAGUUGUGCUUCGGUUGAUGGAAAGGGUUUGGAAAUGAGCCCUUCGAAAUGUGAGCUUGCAGUGAAAAGGGAAGUGAAGUCAUGCCUUUUCGACAUCAUUAGGUCCAUAGUCCCUUCAAGAUUGCACUUGGCACUGAAGGGUGUUGCAUGCCAUGAAUAUAUUUCCUCAUUGGGAGGCAUUUCAAGAUCAGAAGCUUCCCGAUUACCAGUAGGCACGGGCUUGACAAAAAGACGGAGGGCACGAGGUGCUCGCCAUUACUUGAGUACCGGUGCGCUAACAUUAUCCCCUGAAGAUAUUUCAUUGUUGGGCCAAUAUAACUUCAAUGGAAGGUUAUCAUCCAACAGCUGAUGGACAUGGUAAGCUUGCAAGUUAGUGUCCUUGGCUUGAAA